UGAUUUAUGUAUAGAUGUUCUAUGAAAAAUACGGAAUUCCAAUAUGUUGAUAUAAAAUUUUUCUUGUUAAGUGGAGUUAUUUUUUAUUAUAUGUGUAAAGUUUCUACAAUACGCCGAUACUUUCCUGAGUUCAAAUGAUUAAAAAUUUUAUAUUUGUAUUUUACACCACUUGUGAAUUGCAUGACGUUUCUGAUUGGAUAUUCUAACGAUAAAAAAAUCAUUCGAAAUGGACCAUGACCCAGAAGUAACUUUUUUGUUUCAAUUUGGCAUAAUUCGAGAUGCUGUAAUUGUUCAACAAUCUUCGCUCAAUUUGAGAACACUGAAAGAUCUAGCAUGUAAUUUUAUAAAUUCUAAGGUGCCUGAUCAUGGUAUCAAUAGAAUAGAAGAUAGAAUAUUGCUGUUCAGGCAUGAGUACAACACAAAUAAUAUUCUUCAGUUUGUUAAUUCAGCAUCGGAUGUGGUUGAUGAAAGUCUCAUUGAAAUUGUUUUAACAGGCAAAGUACCAGCUUUGAAUUCAAACUCUGAUUCUGUAAAAGUUAGGCCACAUGCCCUCUCUGUACAUUCAUACAAAACACCAACAUUUUGUGAUUUUUGUGGAGAAAUGUUAUUUGGUUUAGUACGUCAAGGUUUAAAAUGUGACGGAUGUGGCCAGAAUUAUCACAAAAGAUGUAUAGUCAAGGUACCCAACAAUUGCUCAUAUGUUUUAUUAGAUGACAAAAGGAAAAGAUCUGCCAACCUCCAGGUUCCAUUAACUUCCUCAGGAGGUUCAAAUUCUUCUAUAGCUUCUGCAAAUUCCACUCAGAAUGAAGAAAGUAGCCUGAUACAUCACAGCAGAUCACCAUCUGUUGGUAGUGGGACCAUAUGGCUUGAAAAAGAUACUCAAAAUCAAGUUAGAAUUCCACAUACUUUUGUACUACAUACGUAUACGAGACCUACAGUCUGUCAGUACUGUAAAAAGUUGUUGAAAGGUUUAUUCAAACAGGGAUUGCAAUGUAAAGACUGCAAUUAUAAUGCUCAUAAGAAAUGUCUAGAUAAGGUACCUAAAGAUUGUAUAGGUGAAUUAUCAAGAGAUAAUACAGGUAAUUUUGAUUAUGCGGAAAGUUCUGUCAGCAAUGAAAGCCAUUGCAACUCCACAAUUACUGAAGAUGAAUUUGAGUCAGUUAUUACAGGAUAUAAUAAGGAAAAUGGGGCCAGCAGUAUGGAUAGUAUUCCUGUGCGAGAUAUUGAUUCUGAUACUCCAUCACUAAGUACAACUUCCUCUUCACCUAGUGCCAAUAUUCCAUUACAACGAAUUGUACAGUCUGUGAAACAUAUUAAAAGAAGAGGGUCCAAAGUAAUAAAAGAGGGGUGGUUGGUUCAUUUUACCAAUAAAGACAGAAUGGUUAGAAGACAUUUUUGGAGGUUAGACACAAAAUCAUUGGUUAUGUUCCAAUCUGAUCAGGGGAGUAAAUAUUACAAAGAAAUCUCGCUUGGUGAUAUCUUAGCAAUAGAAACAGCAAGAAUUAAAUCUGGAGAGGUUAUGCACUGUUUCGAAAUCAGAACAGCCAACAUUGAUUAUUUUGUUGGACAAGACCCUCUAUAUGAAAUUCCAGAUGUGAAUAAGAUUAAUCUACCUCCUUCAGACAGUGGUAUUGGAGCUUAUUUAGCAAAAAGUUGGGAGACAGCUAUUCGACAAGCUUUAUUACCUGUUACUUCAAAUGCAAAGUCAGAAAAAUGUGCUGAAGACGAAAAUCAAAUUACUGAUAUGAAUCAAAUUUAUCAGAUCUAUCCAGAUGAAGUUCUUGGGUCUGGACAAUUUGGUAUAGUGUAUGGAGGUGUUCAUAGAAAAACAGCUCGUUCUGUAGCUAUCAAGGUUAUAGACAAACUGAGGUUUCCCACCAAGCAAGAAGCUCAAUUGAAGAACGAAGUAUCAAUCUUACAAAACUUAUCACAUCCGGGGGUUGUAAAUUUGGAAAGAAUGUUUGAGACGCCAGAAAGAAUAUUCGUGGUGAUGGAAAAAUUGAAGGGCGACAUGUUGGAAAUGAUUCUUUCCCAUGAAAAUGGAAGGUUGACCGAACGGGUUACAAAAUUUUUAAUCACACAGAUCCUUAUAGCUUUAAAGCAUUUACAUAGUAAGAACAUAGUGCACUGCGAUUUGAAACCAGAAAAUGUGCUUCUGAGCUCUAAUGCCGAGUUUCCUCAAGUCAAAUUGUGCGAUUUUGGAUUUGCUAGAAUUAUUGGUGAAAAAUCUUUUCGUAGAUCUGUUGUCGGAACUCCAGCUUAUCUUGCUCCAGAAGUUCUAAGGAAUAAGGGUUACAAUAGGUCUUUGGAUAUGUGGAGUGUAGGUGUUAUUGUGUAUGUAAGUUUAAGUGGUACAUUUCCGUUUAAUGAGGAUGAAGAUAUUAAUGAACAAAUUCAAAAUGCUGCUUUCAUGUAUCCUCCAAAUCCCUGGAAAGAAAUAUCUUCUGAUGCUAUUGAUUUGAUAAACAAUUUGCUUCAAGUGAAACAACGAAAAAGAUACACUGUUGACAAAUCCUUGCAGCAUAUUUGGUUACAAGAUUACCAAACUUGGUGCGAUUUGAGAGCGCUCGAAAAUCAAAUUGGAGUUCGUUAUAUCACUCAUGAAUCGGAUGAUGCUAGAUGGGAAAGAUAUAGAUCAGAUCUUUGACCAGAAAAAGGAUGGUUACACAGUGUCAAAAAGUGCCUGAAAGGGUUGAAGACUUAGAUGAAGUGGCUGAAAAGUUGUGCAUCCAAGAAUUACUAUAGUUGCCGUUUCAUGUGUAUAAAGUAAGUGUAAUGGUUCCAAGUUUGAACUUUGAGGGUUUGUACUGAGUUAUGCCAUAAAAAAUGAAUAUUUUGAGAAAAUGCAUCUAUUGGAAACUAAUCUUUCCACACCUACUAGGAGAUAUGUUAACUUCUUUCUUUUUUUUUUUUAACUAUAAUGGGUUAUCCUCCUUCUGACGAGAAUGAAGUAUUAUUAUUUAAGAUUUUUUUCAAAACUUCUCAUUUCAAACACAUCAUUCCAACCUUUUCCCUGAAAAAGUUAUUUCUAGUACACAAAAAAGAAAGAUAAAUAUGAGGAUUUAAAAAUUAAAGGGCUUUGUUUCCAUUUUUUCCAUAAAUAAUAGAAUGGUAAUAUUGAUUAGAUAAACGGAGAUGUCUUCUUAUCGGAAAUUACCACAGACUCUUAAAGACAUGAGAAACGAAGCCAAUUUAAAACCCCGUAUUUGAAAUAUGAAGUUAGGCAGUUUCUGCUGCGAAUUUGAAAAAAUCGUUGAUGUAACUCGAAAUCAUCAAUUUUAAACUUGCAUUUGCA